GUGAGCGAAUAGAGGACUCUCUUCGCAGUGACUCUAUUAGGGUUUGCAACCCUGCAUCUAGCCACAUCGCGCUCCCUUGCUGCCCCUCCGACAAGCCAUGGUGUCCCUCAAGCUGCAAAAGCGGCUUGCCGCUUCUGUGCUCAAGUGCGGAGAGCGCAAGGUGUGGCUGGACCCCAAUGAGGUCAAUGAAAUUUCUAUGGCCAACAGCCGACAGAACAUCCGCAAGCUUGUCAAGGAUGGGUUUGUGAUCCGGAAGCCACAGAAGAUACACUCGCGGGCUCGUGCGCGUCGCGCUCUGGAGGCCAAGAGGAAAGGCCGUCACUCUGGCUACGGAAAGCGUCGUGGCACCAGGGAGGCUAGGCUUCCUACCAAGGUGUUAUGGCUGCGGCGCAUGCGUGUGCUGAGGCGGCUUCUCCGCAAGUACCGCGAUGCGAAGAAGAUCGACAAGCAUAUGUACCAUGACAUGUACAUGAAGGUGAAAGGUAACGUGUUUAAGAACAAGCGUGUGUUGAUGGAAAGUAUUCACAAGUCCAAGGCUGAGAAGGCGCGUGAGAAGACGCUUUCUGACCAGUUUGAGGCGAGGCGUGCAAAGAACAAGGCUUCGCGGGAGCGUAAGCUGUCAAGGAGAGAGGAGCGUCAGGCCCAUGGACUCUCUGACGCUGCCCCUGCUCAGACUCCCGUAAACCCUGUUAGCGAUGCCCCAGUUAAGAAGUCAAAGAAGUGAAUUAUGCCUCUUCAGCUUUUUAAAUCAUGGUUGGUUCUUUAAGAGGAUUUGUGAACGGUUGAUUCGGUGUCUCUGCCUUGGUUCAUUAGUUUUGCGGUUUAAUCUCUUAAAAUUAUGUUCUGAUCAUCGUUAUGACGUGGCUUUAAGUGUGUUCUGAUUUUCGAUUACGGCUUUUCAGCCUCGGUUAUGAUGAUCGGUCUGUGUUGACUUUAUCCAGUCUGCCAUUCUGAGGCAUUGAAAACUCA